GGUGGGUGUUGUUGCAAUGGUGGUGUCGGAGGGACAUUGAAUGACUUUGGCUCCAUCACGGAAGAAAUACGGGUUUAUUAGGUUAAUUCAGCAUUCAUGAGCAUGGAGGCUCUUAUACCCGUCAUAAACAAGCUCCAGGAUGUGUUCAACACAGUAGGGGCGGAUAUUAUCCAGCUGCCGCAGAUUGCAGUAGUGGGGACUCAGAGUAGUGGAAAGAGCUCUGUGUUGGAGAGCCUGGUGGGCAGGGACUUGCUGCCCCGUGGGACUGGCAUUGUAACCAGGAGACCUCUAAUCCUCCAGCUAGUCCACGUGGAUCCUGGAGACACAAGGAAACAUGAUGAAGCUGGCAGAGACACUGAAGAGUGGGGCAAAUUUCUACACACUAAAAAUAAGAUCUACACAGAUUUUGAUGAAAUCAGGCAAGAAAUUGAGAAUGAAACCGAGCGAAUAUCUGGGAAUAAUAAGGGAAUCAGCGAUGAACCCAUUCAUCUGAAGAUUUUCUCUCCUCAUGUCGUUAACCUCACACUGGUUGAUCUGCCAGGAAUCACUAAGGUGCCUGUGGGGGAUCAGCCUAAGGACAUCGAGAUUCAGAUAAGAGAUUUAAUCCUGAAGCACAUCUCUAACCCCAACUGCAUUAUCCUGGCUGUCACGGCGGCUAACACAGACAUGGCUACCUCGGAGGCCCUCAAGGUGGCCCGGGAAGUCGACCCAGAUGGCAGGAGGACAUUGGCUGUGGUGACCAAGCUGGACCUGAUGGACGCUGGUACCGACGCUAUGGAUGUACUGAUGGGCAGAGUGAUCCCUGUCAAACUCGGCAUAAUCGGAGUAGUCAACAGGAGCCAGCUGGACAUCAACAAUAAAAAGUCUGUGGCUGAUGCAAUUCGUGAUGAACACGCUUUCCUGCAGAAGAAAUAUCCAUCACUUGCCAACAGAAAUGGAACCAAGUACCUGGCCAGAACCCUAAACAGGCUACUGAUGCAUCACAUUCGAGACUGUCUCCCUGAGCUGAAGACACGGAUCAACGUGCUGGCAGCACAGUACCAGUCCCUGCUCAGCAGCUACGGGGAACCCGUGGAGGACCAAAGUGCCACCUUGCUCCAGCUCAUCACCAAGUUUGCCACAGAGUACUGCAACACCAUCGAGGGCACGGCCAAAUACAUCGAGACGGCAGAGCUGUGCGGUGGAGCCAGAAUUUGUUACAUAUUCCACGAGACCUUCGGUAGGACGCUGGAGUCCGUGGAUCCUCUGGGGGGACUGAGCACCAUAGAUAUCCUAACGGCCAUAAGGAACGCCACAGGCCCUCGACCUUCCCUGUUCGUGCCCGAGGUUUCCUUCGAGCUGCUGGUAAAGAAGCAGGUGAAACGCCUGGAGGAGCCCAGUCUGCGCUGCGUGGAGCUGGUCCACGAGGAGAUGCAGAGGAUCAUCCAGCACUGCAGCAACUACAGCACACAGGAGCUGCAGAGAUUCCCUAAGCUGCACGAGGCCAUCGUAGAAGUGGUCACCUCCCUCCUGAGGAAGAGACUGCCCAUCACCAACGAGAUGGUUCACAACUUGGUUGCAAUCGAGCUGGCCUAUAUCAACACCAAACACCCGGACUUUGCAGACGCAUGUGGGGUCAUGAAUAACAACAUAGAGGAGCAAAGGAGAAACAGGAUGAGGGAGAUGCCCGCUGCAGUUCCCAGGGAUAAGUCUGUUGGCAAAGGCCCGGCCGGCCCAACUGCGGUGUCUGGCGAGCCCCCUGCGUCUGGAGCAGAGAUGGACGGUGCCAAGGCCCCACCUGCUGGGGUUCAGGGGGAGCAGGACGGCACGGGAAGCUGGAGGGGCAUGCUGAAGAAAGGGGAGGAAGCCCCAGGCUCAGGACCCGGAAGCCCACUUAAAGGAGCAGUCAACCUACUAGAUGUGCCUGUGCCUGUCGCCAGGAAGCUGUCGUCACGCGAGCAGCGGGACUGUGAGGUCAUCGAGCGCCUCAUCAAGUCUUACUUCCUCAUCGUCCGCAAGAACAUCCAGGACAGCGUGCCAAAGGCAGUGAUGCACUUCCUGGUCAACCAUGUGAAGGACAGCCUCCAGAGCGAGCUCGUCGGCCAGCUGUAUAAAUCUGGCCUCCUCAACGACCUGCUGACCGAGUCUGAAGACAUGGCCCAGCGGCGUAAGGAAGCCGCUGACAUGCUACAGGCGUUGCAGAGGGCCAGUCAGGUGAUAGCAGAGAUCAGGGAAACGCAUCUGUGGUGAAGGAGAGGGGGGAAAAAAACGCAUCCCAGGCUGUUACCUCCUCGUCACACCCAAAGGACCGAUGCUCCACGCAUUCAUCAUGUCUGAACUUGAAGUUUUAGAUUUGCUACCAUGAAAAUAUUCUGAUCUCUGCUUCGGUGUACAGAGCUACUUGAAAGGAGCGAAACUCGUGUUGUUCACUAAAAAAGUGUAGUGUUGUCUGGAGCACAUGAAAAUGCACUGCCUCUGUUUGCUAACGGUAAAAUGUCGCCACCCACGACUCCAGGAGGAACUGAGAGUGCCGCCAAAGGCAGUGCACUUUUCGUUUUCGCCUAAGUUUGGUUAAUCAGUAUGGAAAUGGACUUUUGUGCGAUGCUGAAAUCAAAGUUUUUGAAUCAGUUUUUGGCAGCUCAGCAAAGCAUUUAAUAUUUUGGCUCAAAGUUAUAUACUCAAAAAAAAGAAAAGUAAUGUAUUUAAAAUAUUCAGCUCCUAAUUCACAGCCUUUUCAUUUAAGAGUAGCUGUCACAUGUCCGAAACCAUCGAACCUCCAUCAUCUUAAUCUUUGCACUAUUAUAACUGCACUGUACUGUAAAGCAAGUCCAUUAACCUGACACUGUAUUACCAUCAGAGUCUUUAUUUAUUACUGUGUUAUUUAAAUGUGUGGAUAAUUUCCAGAGCACCGUAGCAGGACGUCAUUUAAUUAAGUUUACAUAUCGCUGCCUAUGUGUGAAGAAAAUUCAUGGUGCACUGUGGUUCUGUGUGUGGUUCCCAAAAGAAAAAAAUGAAUAAAAAGCGGUAUUUUACUGCCA